AUGUCUCUGUCACCAACAGCGACAUUAUUAGCAUCUCUUGCUGUUCCAACUGUCCAACUAUUGAUAUGUGGAUCGAACAAACCCUUACAACGAGAACUGCAAUCUGCUAUGGAGUAUUCUGGGUAUCGACCAAACGGUGGAGUUGGGAAUGAAUAUGAUAAGUGGACGAAUGAUGGGCUAGUGGAGACGUAUUGGGGCGAGCACAUACAUUUGGGAGCAUACAUCAGUGAUGAGGCUAAGGGCUGGUUCCAUCGCGAUGAUGGAUUCAUUGAGGCGCUGGUGAAGUGCACAUGUUGGAACCAGAGGGCGAGAACGACUAUGUUCAAGGAACAGAAGUUUACGUUUGUUGACGACCUUCUCACAUGGGGAGGCUUUGAUGCUGCAGUGAAGGAGAUGACUGAGAAAGAUUCAACACUGCGUAUCCUGGAUGUUGGUUGUGGUAUUGGUGGUAGUAGCCGUAUAAUGGCUAAGCGCUAUGGUGAAGCUGUUACUGGAAUAACACUAUCUGAUGCUCAAGUGGAGAGAGCCUCUGAGCUAAGCAGAGAAGCUGGUCUGAAUAAUGUGACUUUCAAGAAAAUGGAUGCUCUCCGGAUGGAGUUUCCCGACGCCUCCUACGACUUGAUCUGGUCUUGUGAGUGCGGUGAACAUGUGCCUGAUAAAGCGAAAUACAUCGAAGAGAUGUGUCGAGUGUUGAAGCCUGGUGGUCGGUUAAUCGUUGCCACUUGGUGUGAAAAGGACGAUCGGAAAUCUCUGACGGAUCAUCAAAAGUGGCUACUCCGGUUCCUAUACGAAGAAUGGUCUCAUCCAAUGUUCAUUUCUAUAGAGAAGUAUGAGGACAUACUACGAAAAAAUCCCCUCUCGAUGGAAGGAGUCGAAUCCGCAGAUUGGACGCCUCAAACACUGCCGAGUUGGCGACAUUCCAUUUUUGUCGGCGUUUGGUGGCCUUGGCCUGUUAUUAUCCGCGGGCCGCGAGUGUGGUGGUCGACCAUACGAGAGAUCGUUACAAUUGAGAGGAUGCACGAGGCGUUCAGGGAUGGUGUGAUGCGAUACGGAGUUUUCCGAGCUACUAAGUUGAACGAAUGA